UUCUCUACACCUUUACCGUUUAUUUUAUUUUCCCACUCUACUCUCUGCUUAGCUUUAGAAGAAGUGUUAUAGAGGAGGAGAGACCAAAGGAAGAAGAGACGAGAUACUUGGUGGUAAGAGGGAGAGGGAGAGAUGUUGGCGAGAGCUCCACCACCGUGUUUUAAUUUUCCGGCGAGGAAUAAUAAUAAUAUCUGUAAUCGGAGUGAGAUUGUGCGAUUGUUUCGUAACCGCGGAGGCGGAGGAGUGGUAUCUAGUGGUGGUUUCACUCGGCGGCCGUUGGAAACUUCGAGCUCUUACGACGAUUCCACCGACGACGGAUUCGUUAUCAUCACUGCGGCGGAUAAGGAUAAUGGCUUCUCUCAUCCUCCUCCGCCUUCUUCCGAUUCGAUUCCCUCAGAAUCUGGGAGAAGAAACGGUUCGCGUUCGAGAGGUGUAACUGCUAGUUUCGGAAGGCUAAAGGCUCAAAAAGUAAAAGCUCUUGUUGGAAAGGUAACGCAGAAAAAGCAGCAUAUGAGUCAUAGUGAGGAGGACGAAGAUGAGGAUGACGCCUCUGAUGAUGGGGAUUUUAACGAGGAUGAAGGUUUUGUUGGUUCAUCUUCAAUUCUUGAUUUGAUGAGGAAGAAGCUUGCUAUGAAGGCUAUUCCUAGAUCAGGCAAAUCUUUUGAGAAAAAAGAGGUUCAAAGAUUCAGCAAAGUGAGGGAAUCUAGAGAGUCAAGAAAGGAUUUUGAUAGAUUAGGAGGAGAUGAUGAAGAUAUUGAGAGAGAAGGGUCACGGAGUUCAUAUUCAAAAGGUUAUGAUGCUAACUCCAGGGGUAAGGGAGAUAGGCUUUCGGUUGCAAGAGAUUUAGAUCCAUUUGAAGGACGUGAUAGAGCUAUUGAUGAGGUUUCAAACCCUCGAAAGUAUACUGACAAUGAGAGAGCAGGAUCACGGAGUUCAUAUUCAAGAGACUCUGCUGUUAACUCUAGGGGUAGGGAGGAUAAGCGUUUUGUUGCCAAAGACUUGGAUACAUUCCAGGGACGUGAUAAAGCUUAUGAUGAGGUUUAUAAUCCUCAAAGGUUCAGUAAUAACGAGAGAGGAGGAUCGUAUUCAAAAGGCUCUGCUGGUAACUCUCGGGGUUGGGGUGAUAGGCGUUCUGUUGUAUAUGCAAGAGAUAUGGACGAUUGGAGAGAGCAAAGGAAUAAAACCAAUGCUACUAGGGAGACUGGCUUUUUUAGCCGGAAAACUUUUGCUGAAAUUGGAUGUAGUCAAGAUAUGAUGAAGGCCUUAAAGGAACAGAAUUUUGAUCGCCCGGCACACAUUCAGGCUCUGGCUUUUGCACCAGUUAUUGAUGGAAAGAGUUGUAUCAUAGCUGAACAAAGUGGAUCAGGCAAGACACUCUCAUAUCUUAUCCCUGUUAUUCAGCGUCUCAGAGAAGAAGAACUUCAAGGAAUUAGCAAAUCCUCCCCUGGGUGUCCUCGUGUUAUUGUUCUGGUACCAACUGCAGAGUUGGCUUCUCAGGUUCUUGCUAACUGUAGAUCAAUAUCAAAGUCUGGGGUCCCUUUCCGUUCCAUGGUAGUGACGGGUGGCUUCAGACAACGAACCCAGCUAGAAAACUUAGAGCAAGGUGUUGACGUUUUGAUUGCAACACCAGGGCGUUUCACGUACCUAAUGAAAGAAGGAAUUUUGGGGUUAUCAAAUUUAAGAUGUGCCAUCUUGGAUGAAGUGGAUAUACUCUUUGGCGACGAUGAGUUUGAGGCAGCCCUGCAAAGUCUAAUAAACUCUUCGCCUGUUACUGCACAGUAUCUGUUUGUUACAGCAACCUUGCCGCUUGAGAUAUAUAACAAACUUGUUGAAGUUUUCCCUGAUUGUGAAGUUGUAAUGGGACCUCGUGUGCACCGUGUUAGUAAUGCUCUCGAAGAGAUUCUUGUUGACUGCAGUGGAGAUGAUAAUGCAGAGAAAACUCCUGAGACUGCUUUUCAGAACAAGAAAACUGCUCUUCUUCAGAUUGUGGAGGAAAACCCUGUUCCCAAAACUAUCAUUUUCUGCAAUAAGAUUGAGACAUGUAGGAAAGUUGAGAAUAUAUUUAAGCGGGUUGAUAGAAAGGAAAGGCAGUUGCAUGUCCUACCUUUUCAUGCAGCACUUGCACAAGGGUCAAGGCUUACAAACAUGGAAGAAUUCACCUUAUCUCAGCCGGAAGAAAAUUCACUGUUUCUGGUUUGCACGGAUAGAGCCUCCCGUGGGAUAGAUUUCUCUGGUGUUGAUCAUGUGGUGCUCUUUGACUUCCCGCGUGACCCCAGUGAAUACGUGAGACGUGUAGGAAGAACAGCAAGAGGGGCUAGAGGAGAAGGAAAGGCUUUCAUCUUUGUGGUGGGGAAGCAAGUAAGGUUGGCACAGAGGAUAAUUGAGCGAAAUCAGAAGGGUCACCCAGUUCAUGAUGUCCCAAGCGCUUACGAAUCCACAACAUAAAGUAACUCUUUCAUCUGUCUGCUCCUUCUCCUUACUGCAAUCUCUGUGUCAAGUUAUGGAGCCGUUCAAGUCAUCAUGAUGAGCAGCUGGGUAAGCAAGGGUAAUGGUACUUCUUUUUGUUGUUGUAAUGUGAUGCAAGAUGGCUAAUUUAGUCACGUAAGAAGAGCUAGUGAUGAAUCAAGCAUGGCAUCCUUGUUAAUCAACAUGCGGAGCAUAUUUGCUGUAUAUUCCUUUUUGCAAAUUCAAGUUAUUGAGUUGUUGACAAUUUUGAUUGGAUAUUUAACUUGUUUCUAAAUCUCAGGUACUUAAAUUUG